AUGGCGACCAUGAUCGGCAAUCUCAGUCCCUCCGCCGGCAGAUCGCCGAUCUUCAUCGACGCACCGACAAUCCGGUCAGUUCUCCCCUACCGAUCCCUAAUUAACCACCUCCAAACAUCUCUCGCUGCUGCCUCCUCCGUAAUCCAAUCCCCGAUUCGCCAUUCGCACCAAACGUCCUCGUCAUCCACCCUCCUCCUCAUGCCCUCAUGGUCUCUCUCCUCAACGACCCUCCCUUACAUCGGCGUCAAACUCGUCACAACCCAUCCCAACAACUCCGCCCUAAACCUACCUGGAGUCCAUGCCAGUUACGUCCUCUUCAACUCUGUCACCGGCGAAACCCUAGCAUCAAUGGACGGAACCGAACUCACUCUCCGCCGUACAGCAUGUGUCUCCGCCGUCGCCUCACACUAUCUCUCCAACAAAAACUCUCGAGUUUUGCUAUCAGUCGGCGCCGGAUCGUUAGCUCCGCACUUGAUCAAAGCUCACCUAACAACGCGCCCGAGCAUCAAUCAUGUCAUGAUCUGGAACCGAACUUCACAAAAAUCAAAAAAACUGGCGGAAGAAAUCGGGAAUGAAAGCGGAAUGGAAGGCGUACGGUUUGAAGUUUGUGAAGAUAUAGCUCCGGCGGCGGCAAUGGCGGAUAUAGUGAGCUGUGCGACGAAUUCCGAGACGCCGCUGGUUUUGGGGAAGUGGUUGAAGGCGGGGGCGCAUUUGGAUCUGGUUGGGUCGUAUAAGCCGUCGAUGAUGGAAUGUGAUGAUGUAGCCGUGAAGAGAAGUAGGGUUUUUGUGGACAAUGAAGCGGCGUUGGUGGAGGCCGGAGAGUUGGUGGGGGCGUUUGAGAGAGGCGUGAUGAAGGAAGAUGAAGUUGCAGGUGAUCUGGUAGGGUUGAUCAAAGGGGAGAAGUUUGGGAGAAAAGAGGAAAACGAGAAUACUGUGUUUGUAUCAGUUGGGUCAGCCGUUGUAGAUCUGUUGAGUGCUCAAUUAGUAUACGAGACCAUAACAACCAAAUAA